CGGCGAGCGAACGAGUCCCGCGAGUGGAGCGGCGCGCGCCGCACCGACCCAGUACGCGCGAUACAUCGCCGCCCUUGUAAACAUACAUUGGUAUACACUUGUAGUCGUAGGAAAAAAUCGUGAGGCUGAUUAAUUGUGAAGAUUUGUUCAAAUUGUAGAAGAAGCGUAGACUUUGUUUUAAAUAAACACUAUACAGUAUUAGAGGAAGAUGCAGUGCUAUCCUAAACUAUCGCCGAAGCGCGAACCUUCGGACCAUGGAUAUGAAAUAGAGAUUGUGGGUGGUGCUCGAAGACUUGAACUGCCGGCGCCGCCUGGCAAGGAGUUUCGCGCCCCGUGCUUGUUGCCGGCGCCGGCGCUGCCUCCUCCACCAACGCACUCGGUUAUUCAAUGCAUGCGACCGCCACCGCCGCCGCCACCACCGCAGCGUCUUCACAAGCCACCACCUUUCGAGGAACCUUCAAGCUCCAUUCCAGAUCUAGAGUUCGAUGGUACCACGGUGUUGUGCCGAGUCUGUGGAGAUAAGGCGAGUGGAUUUCAUUACGGCGUGCAUUCCUGUGAGGGCUGCAAGGGCUUCUUUCGUCGCUCUAUACAACAGAAGAUACAAUAUAGGCCCUGCACUAAAAAUCAACAGUGCUCCAUCUUAAGAAUAAACAGAAACCGGUGCCAAUACUGCCGAUUGAAAAAAUGCAUUGCCGUUGGAAUGAGCAGAGAUGCUGUGCGAUUUGGGCGCGUUCCGAAACGCGAAAAAGCGCGUAUUUUAGCAGCAAUGCAACAAUCUUCUUCGUCACGGGCGCAAGAACAAGCAGCAGCCGCAGAACUAGAUGACGCCCCGCGGUUAUUGGCCCGAGUGGUGCGCGCUCAUCUCGAUACCUGCGAGUUCACCCGCGACCGCGUGGCCGCCAUGCGUGCCCGCGCUCGUGAUUGUCCCACCUAUUCUCAACCCACUUUGGCUUGCCCACUGAAUCCAGCGCCCGAGUUGCAGUCUGAGAAAGAAUUUUCUCAGAGAUUCGCCCACGUUAUUCGCGGUGUGAUUGACUUUGCCGGCCUCAUACCUGGAUUCCAGUUACUCACGCAAGAUGACAAGUUUACUUUGUUAAAGAGUGGUCUCUUUGACGCUCUAUUUGUGCGGCUUAUUUGUAUGUUUGAUGCUCCGCUCAAUAGUAUAAUAUGCUUAAAUGGUCAACUUAUGAAACGUGACUCAAUUCAAAGUGGAGCCAACGCACGUUUCCUCGUAGACUCUACAUUUAAAUUUGCAGAACGCAUGAAUUCCAUGAAUUUAACAGACGCCGAAAUCGGGCUCUUCUGCGCUAUUGUUUUAAUUACACCAGACCGACCAGGUCUUCGCAAUAUCGAAUUAGUAGAGCGAAUGCACGCGAGACUGAAAGCGUGUCUACAAACUGUCGUUACUCAAAAUAGACCAGACAGACCUGGUUUCCUUCGGGAAUUAAUGGAUACUCUACCUGACCUUCGUACGCUUAGUACGCUUCAUACAGAAAAACUGGUCGUAUUCCGCACAGAACAUAAGGAACUACUAAGACAACAGAUGUGGGGUGAUGAAGAAGGAUGCUCCUGGGCAGAUUCAGUUGUAGACGAAUCAGCUCGCAGUCCUAUUGGGUCUGUGUCUAGCAGCGAAUCUGGUGAAGUAGUAGGCGACUGUGGUACACCUUUGUUAGCCGCAACCUUAGCCGGGCGCCAAAGGUUAGACUCUCGAGGCUCUGUUGAUGAAGAAGCUCUCGGUGUUGCUCAUUUAGCGCACAACGGACUUACGGUUACACCGGUGCGUCCUCCACCGCGGUAUCGUAAAUUAGAUUCCCCAACUGAUUCUGGAAUCGAAUCUGGCAAUGAGAAACAUGAAAGAAUCGUCGGCCCUGGUUCGGGCUGUUCCAGUCCGCGGUCGUCGCUCGAGGAACACACGGAAGACAGACGGCCACCAGCACUGGCGGACGAUAUGCCUGUUUUAAAGCGCGCAUUAGAAGCACCACCGAUUCGUCCAUUUGACGCACCACGUCCGCGUUCGCUCAUGGAAGAGGCAUAUAAUCGUCAUAAAAAAUUCCGUGCUAUGCGCCGUGAUACUGGAGAAGCUGAAGCGCGACCAAUGCAGCUGACGCCGUCGCCGCAACCCCCGCAGCACCCGCACCCGGCAAGCCCUGCCCAUCCGGCACAUUCGCCAAGGCCGUUGCGUGCUUCUCUCUCUUCUACGCACUCGGUGCUGGCUAAGAGUCUUAUGGAGGGUCCUCGUAUGACCCCGGAGCAGCUGAAGCGAACAGACAUUAUCCAACAGUAUAUGCGACGCGGCGAUGUGGCUACGGGUGGAAGUCCAAGCACAGGUGCAAGCGAGGGUUGCCCCCUGCGCGCUGGUGGGUUGCUUACAUGCUAUCGCGGAGCGUCUCCGAAGCCUGAACCAGUACUGGAGCUGCAAGUUGACGUUGCGGACGCGCCUCUUAACCUCUCGAAGAAGUCACCGUCGCCUCCGCGCUCCUACAUGCCGCGCAUGCUGGAAGCGUGAGGCCGGCCUGCGGAGCCACACGUCUCCGCUACCCCACCCCGACCUACUUUAAAUUGAAUAAACUAUGUAGUUAAUAAUCGUUCGCAAAUCGGUUUAAUAUAUUAUAUGUGAUAAUUCGUUUAAGACGCGUGCGUGUGUGGCCGGUGCCGGACGAGGAGAGCGCAAUAGACUGAAAAAUAAUUUAAGACUAUAUAAGUAUAAUUAUUUAUAAUGCAAUGCAGCACCGGUCGUGGUGUGUUUGUGAGUGUAUUGUAUGUGCGUAUGUGGGCGUGCUCAGUCAUUUGUUUGUUAAUAUAAUGACAGGUUGUCAAAUUAAAAUAAAACAAACUUGUAAAAA